AUGUCACCGAUCCACCGUCCUCGAAGAAGCGAGCAGCACCUCUCGGCAUCGCAAAUCCAGAAACUGCGGAACAGUGAAAAACGCGUAGACCGCAACGAGGUCCUGGCGGCACAAGAGGUAUCGGACGAUUGUCGACGACAAGAUCAAGGAACUGGCUCGAGAUGUGGAGGAAACAAAAAUGGACCUCGAGUACGCGGUGGACGUGCUAGACGAUUACAGGGGCAAGGCAAAAAUCAAGGAUCUUGGAAUCGAAAACUGCGCCAGCUAUAA